AUGGCAGCUUCUGCAUGGGACGAAUUCGACCAACGAUGCGCCUCGGCCCACCGCCGCCACGGGGAUCCCUUCCCCCUUCCGCGGCUUGGCCGGCCGAGGCGAUCGUCCUCGCUGACGCGGAGGAUUGACAAUGCCUGUGGCAGUUUGAAUCAGCUCUCCUCAGCAGUUUUUCAACAGACCUCUUCCCCUACCACCUCAUCAAUCCUUCCUUUGACAAGUGUACAGCAGUCGAUGAUGCAGGAUAUUGCGAGAAGGGUGGAGUCCUAUGGCGGCCGUCCUGACAACUUGGAUGAAGAGGCCGCGCUUCGGGACAUGAGGGACAAAGCCAACCUGUACGGUCAGGAAGACAAGAAUGUUGUGCCUAUGUGUUUGGACCGCAUCAAGAUCCUUCAGAGGAGCCUUGACCCGAUCCCUGCAAUGGAGUUGGCUUCUCCAGAAGCGGGGGCCUUCCUCAGAGGCUUCGAGACCAUGAUUGAGCGGCCGGCUGAAGAGCUUGAAGCCCUCCGCAGCUCUGGCGGUUUGGUGGAACCUUACUGGGAUGCGGGGCUGCGGAAGGACCGGGGUCGGCGAGUCCAGCUCUACCAGAUGCUCUGGAAGUCAGGGCUCUUGGAUUUUCGAAGGAGGAGAAAGGCUCGAGUCGGGCUGUUCACAGUUCGGAAGAAACAGAACUGGCAACGAUUAAUUGUGGAUGCCAGGCAGGCCAAUUUUCUGCAGCAGGCACCACCCACAGCACGACUAGCCACAGCUGCGGGACUGGCUGCAGUUGAUCUCUCGGCUCAUAGUUUGGGCAUCGACGUGGAGGUGAAGCCAGGGAGCCCAGCGGUGGGCAUCUACGUUGACAAUGUCCAUGUGUUCGCAGCUGCAGUCCAGGAGAUCCGGCGAGAACUACGGUACAGUGAGCGCUGGCGUUUUGUGCAGAGCCCUGGUAGUCUCGACGCACAACCCUUGGGAGAAGAUCUCUGGGAUGCAGAAAGCCCCGCAGACGAGGCGGAUAUUUAUCACAAAGGAUCUGCUCCUUACGCGGGUGUUGGCAGCCGUACUGAAUAUGGGCAAGCCCUUGACAAUAAGUACAACCAAGCAGUUGAAGACCCCGUUUUUCAAAGCCGUCGUGACAGACUUUUUGGGACUCCACGGACUCGACCCCCAACCAUGCUGGAGGUUUUCCCUGUUCCUGAGGUAUCCAACUUUUGGCAUGACGCUACUAGGUGGGACCUUCUAGUUUCUUCUCCUUGGCAACACGUCAACGUGAAGGAAGCCCGGGUGUGUCUCAUGGGCCUGCGGAGAUUGUGCAGGACGUCUGUCAACCUCGGGAAGAUUGCCUUGACCCUAACGGACAACCUGGUUUCGGCCCUUGUUUUUGAAAAAGGGAGAUCCUCUUCAGGGCCCCUCAAUGCUUUAUGUCGUAAAGCGGCUGCGUAUUCUUUGGGUGGUUCCAUCCAGUGGAGGCUGAGACACAUCCGGAGUGAACACAAUUGCGCGGAUGCGCCUUCAAGACGGUGGGGGUCGGACCUACCACGAGUCAAGAGGCCGUUGCCUUCUCCUUUUCUGGGCAGACAUCUUACUGCCGCCUCUUUGGAGCAGACUACAGAGAAGGCAAUGGGCUCUAUGGCUCGCGGUGAAACCCCUCCAACUGUGGCGCAGUCCACGCGCCCAUUCCGCAAGGCGCCCCCGAGAUAUGUAUUGGAACUAUUCUCUGGCUCAGCUGUUUUGACACAAGCAUUAAAAGGACAUGGCAUGCGUACUCUCCCUGACAUUGACAUUUCCAAAGGCAAGGCUUUUGACUUGACUAUUCCUCGGGUGCAGUCUUACAUUUGCAGUAUGUUGAAAGCAGGGAUGAUUUGGUACAUCCACAUGGGGACUCCUUGCACAGUUUUUUCCCGGGCUCGGCACAACAUCAAGGACUUCCGCAAGGCGCGGCAAAAGGAGACUUUAGGGGUCGCUUGCGCUCUGUUCUCUGCAGAAGUCGCCCGGCUAUGCCUACGGAAAAACAUAUGGUUUUCUCUGGAGAACCCUCUCGGCAGUCGACUUUGGGAAUUUGGGCCCAUCCUUGAGCUCUUGAAGAACAAGUGCAUUUGUUUUGUGCAGUUCACCAUGUGUGCUUACAACACGCAAUUCAAGAAGCCGACGGGUUUGAUGACCAAUUGCCCCCACCUUUCCAGGCUGCAGGCGUUUUGCCCGGGAAACCAUGCGCAUACAGUUCUCAAAGGGACGGAAAGAGUUAAGAUUGAUGGGAAGUGGCUGAGCCGAAACCGCACGACAGGUGCGGGUGAGUAUCCGCGCAAGCUCUGCCAAACCUGGGCUCAGAUUCUUUUUGAACAGGCCCCGACCGGCAGUUUGGGCAGAACGUCGUUCAUUGCCCGCAAUGACUUUGAGGCAAACUUGCACGAGGCGGCCAAUAUCAGCGGCAGUCAGGGCCAACCUGACCUUGGCCCAAGCUGCUCGGCUGGGUGCUCGGAGAAUGCCAGUCCAGUCUUCAAUCAAGCACGGAAGUACAUCCAGACUCACUCCGUCAUCUUUGGCCAGUUCACCAAGGAUCAAAUCCGACGCGAGCAGUGCAAAAGGUCCAACUAG